AUGUCACUGUCGCGAGCCUUCACCACCCGCCGCGCCAACAAGGGCAGCACCGACAUGGGUGAGGGUGGCAUCAAGCUGCCUUUCCGAAGCAACACUGUCCACAAGGCUGCCUCGCAGCAGGCCAUGCGUCACAAGAUCUCCGGUCCCAUGGAGCUCGUCCACACCACAAACAUGCUCUCCUACAACGCCCCCGACGUGCCCCGCAUGCCGUCGAGGAGCAAUACUGUCUCGACCAGGUCCACCACCGAGGGUGACUACUCCGACAACCUGGCUGCCGACUCCCCCGCCUCCACGCCUCCCACCAGCCCCGACGGUGAGCGUGGUGGCUCGCCCGUGGUCGAGCCCAACCACCUGUCGUGCUACUUCAUGGCCCCCAGUGCCGGCGUCAACAUCGCCAACAUGAACAGGAAGCACGCCGCCAGCGCCAGCACCAGCACCACCGCCACGACACCCUCUACUGCUCCCGGCGACCCCCCCGCCAUCCCCAAGCGCUCGCCCUCUCGCACCAGGAAGCAGUCGUUCGACGCCGCCCUGGGCCGCAAGCACUCCAUCUCCCACAUGUCCAAGGCGUCGGAUCACUCGAGCCACAACAGCACGACGUUUUCCAGGCCGUCAUCCACCUCCACCAGGGCCUCGUCCGUCUCGCACGCCUCGAUGCUCCAGACGCUCAAGCAGCAGGUGCCGCCCCCUCCCAUGCCUCAGUCCCAGGCCGCUGCGCCUCCUCCCCUCAUGCCGAAGCCGUCGGUCAGGUCCAACGCCAGCAUCGGUCCCUUUGGACAGGAGCUGGCGCAGGUAUCCGAGCUCGCCGAGGAGUUUGCCAGCAGCGCGAGGGCUGGUGGUGCCAAACUGGACAUCAUCCACGAGGACGAGCAGUACAUGAACUCUCGCGGGUUGGCCAAGAGGACCGUCGACGACUACCUCUACGAUAUCCAGUCCCUCAUGGCUACAUUUUGGCCUACCGUGGAUCAUCACUCCAAGAAGUCGACGCCCAUGUGGAUUUGA